AUGGUGGUCCACCAGGUAAUCGACCAGAAACAGGAAGUACACAGCAUCCUGAAGUCACGGCUUCAGAUACGGCACAUGAUGGCAGAUAAACUGUUUCAGAUUUCGCAGAAAGGAGAUAUGACUACUUCUAUGGACAUGUAUAUGCCAGUUAUGGACGGAUUCCAAGAGACACGUGCCAUUUGCGUCAUUGGACAAACUUGA